AUUUUACAACGUAAACUCUUGGUCUUACCAUAUUUAUUGGAUUGGAUAAAUAUGCAACAAAUUUACAACCAAACCCAACAAAAAUCAGGAACCGAAAAGCCCUAACGCAAACGCCCCCCUUAAAACGCUUUAAGGCGCCGAAACUCUAUUUAGGGUUUCCCCUUUAGCUAUAAGAAUCUCUCGGUAGAAUUAGAUAUUUUUCAAGGAUUUGCCAUCGGUUAACAAUGGCGGUGGAGACGUCGAGAAUGACAGGUGUUGUGUCCAAGUUCAACAACCAAAAAGGCUAUGGAUUCAUCAAGCCUGAUGAUGGAUCCGAGGAUCUAUUCGUUCAUCAAUCUGAGAUCAAAUCCGACGGCUACCGUUCUCUCUACGAAGGCCAGAAAGUGGAGUUCACCAUGACUGUGAAGGGUGAUAAGUAUCAGGCUAAUGAUGUCACUGGUCCUGAUGGUGCUCCUCUCGAUAGUGACCGUAACAAUACCCGUGGUGGUUACGGCUAUGGCGGUAACGGUUAUCGCAGGAACGGCGGUGGUGACGGUGGAUAUCGUAGUGGCGGUGGUGAGUGUUAUACUUGUGGGAGGACGGGACAUUUAGCUAGGGAUUGUGAUCGUAGCAGUGGAGGCGGUGGUGGCGGCGGCAGAGGCGGCGGGUGUUAUAACUGUGGUGCGACUGGGCAUUUAGCUCGGGAUUGUGACCGUGCCAGUGGUGGUGGUGGUGAUGGUUAUCGGAGGAGUGGCAAUGAUGGUUGUUACACUUGUGGCGGGUAUGGCCACAUGGCUCGAGACUGCCCAAGUAGUGGACGUCUUGGUGGUGGUGGUGGAGGAGGUAGUGGGGCUUGUUACACAUGUGGUGCACAAGGACACAUGGCAAGAGACUGUCCCCGUGAGGGUGGGGUUGGUGGCGCUAGUUAUGGGAGAUAUGGUGGUGGUGGUGGUAGUGGACGAGGAAGCAAGUGUUACAACUGUGGAGAGGCGGGGCACUUUGCUAGGGAAUGCACUAGCCAAUCCGUCAACUGAUCAUGUACAUGAUCUUCCCCUUUUUGUUAUCAGUCCUCGUAAUAUUCCAUUUUUGUUAGCAUUGGACAUGUUUUUACCCAGUUGUUAUUUUGUUAGCUAUAUGACUGGAUGUUCUUUUAGAAUUAUGUUUCUCGGAUGCAUACUUUUGGUUAGUAGUUGAUAUACAAGUAUAUAAAAUGCUGGAUGUUCAGUUUUUGCACUUUAAGCAAAUCUUUUAUGCUCA